UCGUGCUUUUACUCUCACAAAAAAAAUCAUGGCCUACUCGCGGUGCGACUGAGAGAAAUUGAAGGUGGAGUUUGCUCUGGGUUUGGUGGUGCAGCUUCGCGCCUGAAUUGAUCAUGUCAGAUGAAACAGGCUCGGGGGACCUGUGCUGUGAGGCGUGAGUAGUUAUGUCCCUAUUUGCUUUGAUUUUGGCCCAGGUAGACCUCUGUUAUGGCAAUGAUGCCGCUUUAUGGAUGACAAAACAGAACAUGAUGUUCAUAGUGACAAACUAUCAUGACCUUCACUCGCCGAUGUUUAGGAUUCAGGCGAUGCACUGAUGGCUCAAGGAGAUUUCUUGUGGACAAACUGUCAAUCACUGAAUUACUCCCUCCGUUCCGAAUUACUUGUCGCACGUAUGGAUGUAUCUAGAUUUUUUUUUUUUAGAAAAGAGGGAUGACCCCCGGCCUCUGCAUCCGGGAGAUGCAUACGGCCAUAUUAUUGAUUAUUCUCGAGGACCUUACAAAGUAUUACAACAAUAAGUCUGAAUCCACCAUCUUGGCAACACAUGCCACUACUCCUACCCAAAAUGAUGAAGGGGUGCUAGCUAGGCCACUACCCGAACCACUCACCUAAGCCUAACAUCAAAAGCCGGAAACCGAAACAUAUUCGGAAUCCCCAGCCGAGCCACAUACUGGGUCUGGGGCACAAUCCGGUCAGACGCACUCGUGUGUCGUCGCCACCAUCUUCCGCAGGUCCAUCUUCAGAUCAUAUCGAGGUUUCUACCUUAUCUGGCCACUCAGCCAUCGGCGUCACCAUGACGCCAGACAGCAACCUCCUCCUGCGCGAGUCCAUCUCCGCGCAUCGGGCGGCGAACCUCCACAGCGCCAUGCCGCCGAUCCUCGCCGCCAUCAAUGAGUGAGAUGAAGUACCGCUCCACCACGGCAAGUACAUUAGUGCUAAGCGAAACGGCUCACAACCGCAAGUCAUCGGACGAAGGCGAAGAUCCAUGGAGAAGGCCAAAAGGGGCAUAGCCAAAGCAGUGGUCAGGGAUUGGACCGAGACCACGGCAGCCGCCACUGAUAAGAACAGGCUACCUCACACCGUCACCACGCCACCAGCAGCUCCACCCCACACGAGCAAUCCCCGGAAGACGCCUUCAAGAAGGAUCACGGCACCGGAUGCCGCCAUCGACCAUGCAAGGGGAGGGCAGGUCUUCACCUGUGCUCGAGGGAGAAGUGGGAGGGGAGAACCACACCAAAGCCUCCAGGAAGGACCACGGCGCCGAAUGGAGAACCACACCAAAGCCUCCAGGAAGGACCAUUUAAAAAGCGGAAGAUAUCCACCUUUGCACUUGAAACACUAUCUGCUAUUGCGCUCAUUGUUCUGCCCUGAUGCUUGCCUGUGUUUUAGGUCAUCUACCAAGUUUGAUAGUGGCACUGGAUGGCCGUCAUAUUACCAGCCGGUUGGCGACAAUGUGAAAAGCAAGCUUGAUAUGUCGAUCUUCUUCAUGCCCCGGACCGAGUCCCUGUGCGCCGUCUGCGACGCUCAUCUGGGCCACGGUUUUGACGACGGGCCACCGCCGACGGGGAAGAGAUACUGCAUCAACAGUGCGUCUCUGAAGUUUAAGCCCCAGUAGUUCCUGGAAGAAGAAUCAAGAUGCAAGCACUAGCGUGUUCCAUGUGAGCUUUGGUUGUGGUAUGAACUAUUUCCAGUGUAGUAGCCUAGUCUGUGCAGACCCGUUGUGCACAUGUAAAUUGAUAAUUUUCAGGUUUGUAAAGCCAUUUGUCUGAAGCA